AUGCAUUUCUUGACGAUUAUCUGCUUCCUAUUUGCAGUCAUCACUGUCGGGGCCUCUCCACCUCUCCCUAUGAAUGGGGCAUUAACUAUACUCCGUGUUAAGGCCGCCCAAGCACGCGGCGAAAUACAGCUUGGAAACUGCAUCGGGGCCAAUACCAUGCUGCCAUUGUGCGAUACGAACUCAAUCCUUCCUAUGCUUUCUCGCGGAUUGACGUUGAAGUAUUUGGCGAUCGGCCGAGGAACUCAGAACUACACCUGCGCGCCGGGUCACGAAUCUGCCUUGCCAACAGCAAAGGGUGCGGUUGCUACGCUAUUUGACGCAUCUUGCAUCGCCUCGCGCAGUCCAACAAUACUCCAUGAACUUCCAUUAGUCUUGAGUGGGGUGUCCUCCAACACUUCGGUGUCUUUGCCUGACCAAUUGACUGCACGAAAAAGCAAUGCGCUGGUUCUGGGAGAGCACCACUUCACAGGACGGGCGCCCCCAUGUUUGAUCUAUGGAUUGGAGGGCAUAAACAUCGGAUCCAGUACAAGAAAGAUGCGAGCGAAGUAUAUCGUGCUCAUACUUCUGGUGGCCAGUCACCGUCUAUCUGCAAAGGUCAGAAAGAGAGCUUUGGGGUAG